CCUACGUUGUUUUGGACACCAUGUGCAGCGCACUGUUUGGAUUUAAUGUUGGAAGAUAUUUUCAAGUUGCCUAAUAUGAAGAAGACAUUUGAGAGAGCUGUUAUGGUGAAUAGCUAUAUCUAUACUCGUUCGGGUCUAGUAAACAUGCUUAGAAGGUUUACUGACAAGAAAGAGUUGUUGAGGCCUGCAAAAACACGGUUUGCAACUACCUUUAUCACUUUGGGUAGGAUGCAUAGUCUGAAAAGCAACCUUAGAAGGAUGUUUACCUCCGAGGAGUGGAUGACAAGCAAGUGGGUAAAAGAAGCGGGGGCUAAAAAGGUUGUAGAAGUGAUUUUGAUGCCUUCAUUUUGGAACAAUGUUGUAUUUGCUUUAAAGGUGGCUGGUCCAUUGGUGCGUGUAUUGCGCUUAGUGGAUGGUGAGAAGAAACCUGCUAUGGGAUACAUAUAUGAGGCCAUGGAUAGGGCCAAAGAAGCGAUUGCUAACUCUUUUAAUGGGGAUGAAAAGAAGUAUGCACCCAUUUUUCAGAUUAUUGAUAAUCGAUGGGAUGUUCAGCUUCAUCGCCCCUUGCACGCAGCUGGUUGGUACUUGAACCCAGAAUAUUUCUACAAGGCUGAACAUAUAGAUCCAGAGAUCAUGAAUGGCUUAUAUGAAUGCAUUAGAAAGUUAAAUCCAGAUAUAAAGGUUCAAGACCAAAUUGAUGCUGAGCUUUCGAUGUAUAACAAUGCAGAUGGGUUCUUUGGAAACUAUAUGGCUAUUAGAAAGAGAGCUGAGAAAUCACCAGCUGAAUGGUGGGCUUCAUAUGGAAUGUCAACACCCACGUUGCAAAAAUUUGCAAUUAAAAUUCUUAGCUUGACUUGUAGUUCAUCUGGGUGUGAACGUAAUUGGAGUGUGUUUGAAAAUCUUCAUACUAAACGGAGAAACAGGCUUGAUCAACUUCGUUUAAACGACUUGGUGUUUGUGAAAUACAAUAGAGCAUUGAGGCGUCGAUAUCAAAUGCGUGAUACCAUUGACCCUAUCAUAUUGACUGACAUUGAUGAAAGCAAUGAAUGGUUGACUGGAAAACUUGAUGAGGAGAAUGAUAAAGAUGAUGAAACUGUUUUUCCAGAUGACAUUGGGGAUGGGUUGACAUGGAGUAAUGUUGCUGCGGCUGCAGGAGUUGGAGAGCCUAGUUAUCAAUUUAGAACUAAACAAACUCAAUCACAAUUGGGAUCAACUUCGGCUUCGACUUCAAAGCGGCGAGUAACUCAAGAGAUUGAAGAGGAGGAAAGUGAGGCAGGGACCGAAGAUGAUGAAGACUUGGAAGAGGGAGAAGAAUUGAGAGAUGAAGAAGAAGAUGAAGGGGUGAUUGAAGGGGAUGAUGAAGAUAUUGACCUUGAUGUUGAUGAUCUCCUUGAUGAUGAUUGAUUAAAAAACUUUUUUAUAUUGAUUGUGGACUUGUAAUGUUUAUGUGUUUGUUUAGAACUUUGCAUUAUAAUUGGUACUUGGUAAAGUUUAAGACUUUAAGUUUGAACUUUGAUGAUGUUUCUAGUUUAGAAUUUGCAUGAUGAAUGAAUUAACUUUGAUGUUGUUAGUUUAUAGAAUUUGAAGAUAAUGAAUCAUGAAUGAUAUGAAUGUGUUAUUAUUGAUAAUUUGAUAGUUGUUUAUGAUUUUACAAGAUUUUGAGUUUUUUUCCUAAAAGGUGCGCCUCGCUUCGCAAAGGCGCGCCUCGCCUCGUGCG